AUGAAGGUGGUUGUGGGCCCCGAUCCUUCCCUCGUCUACCGACCUGACAUGGGCACAGAGGCCGCCAAAGACCAGGGCAGCUUCCGAAACUACACUUCGGGCCCUCUUCUGGACCGUGUCUUUGCUACCUACAAGCUCAUGCAUACCCACCAGACUGUGGACUUCGUCAGGAAGAAGCACACCCAGUUCGGGAGCUUCUCCUGCAAUAAAAUGACUGUCAUGGAGGCUGUGGACAUGCUGGACAGCCUGGUGGAUGAGUCGGACCCAGAUGUGGACUUCCCCAACUCCUUCCAUGCCUUCCAGACAGCAGAGGGCAUUCGAAAGGCCCACCCAGACAAGGACUGGUUCCACCUUGUUGGGCUCCUGCAUGACCUGGGAAAGGUCCUGGCUCUUUGGGGAGAGCCCCAGUGGGCAGUCGUCGGAGACACCUUCCCUGUUGGCUGCCGUCCCCAGGCCUCUGUGGUGUUCCGUGACUCUACCUUCCAGGAGAACCCAGACCUCUGGGACCCUCGAUACAGCUCAGAACUUGGCAUGUACCAGCCCCACUGUGGGCUCGAGAACGUCCUCAUGUCCUGGGGCCAUGAUGAGUACUUAUACCAGAUGAUGAGGUUCAACAAGUUCUCCCUGCCUCCGGAGGCCUUCUACAUGAUCAGGUUCCACUCUUUCUACCCGUGGCACACGGGCGGCGACUACAGGCAGCUGUGCAGCCAGCGAGACCUGGACAUGCUGCCCUGGGUGCAGGAGUUUAACAAGUUUGACCUGUACACCAAGUGCCCUGACCUGCCGGACGUGGACCAGCUGCGGCCCUACUACCAGGAGCUCAUCGACAAGUACUGCCCGGGGAUCCUGAGCUGGUGA